AUGGUGGAGAGUGUCAGAAUUGGUGUGAAUAAGUAUAUGAAAAUGAUUGCUCAUCAGCAGCAUAUAAAUUCAGAGUCAGGAAUGACGGCCAAAGAUGUCAAACAGCCACAGAUUUUCCACAUGGUGGCAAAUCAUAUUGGAAGUGAACAUCAUGAAGUCAUCUUUAACUCUGAGGGAGGCAUUCAGGCUCUGGAAGAAGUCAUAUUUUCCCUGGAAACUUAUGACAUUACAAUAGUUCAUGCUUCAGUAGGUAUGUGUUUAAUUUCCAAGUAUGUUCGGAAGAACACAGAUAGCAUGGUGAUCUUCUCUGGAGAGGGAUCAGAUGAACUUAUUCAGGGUUACAUAUAUUUUCACAAGGCUUCUUCUCCUGAAAGAGCUGAGGAAAAGAGUGAGAGGCUUCUGAGGGAACUCUACUUGUUUGAUGUUCUCCAUGAAGAUCGAACUACUGCUGCCCACGGCCUUGAACUGAGAGUCCCAUUUCUAGAUCAUCAAUUUUCUUCCUAUUACUUGUCUCUGACACCAGAAAUGAGAAUUCCAAAGAAUGUGAUAGAAAAGCAUCUCCUGAGAGAGACAUUUGAGGACUCCAGUCAGAUACUCAAAGAGAUUCUCUGGCAACCAAAAGAAGUCUUCAGUGAUAGAAUAACUUCAGUUAAGAAUUCCUGGUUUAAGAUUUUACAGGAAUACAUUGAACAUCAGGUUGAUGAUGCAAUGAUAGCAAAUGCAGCCCAGAAAUUUCCCUUUAAUAUUCCUAAAAGCAAAGAAGGAUAUUACUACCAUCAAAUCUUUGAAUGCCAUUACCCAAACCAGGCUGACUGGCUGAGCCAUUACUGGAUGCCCGAGUGGAUCAAUGCCACCGACCCUUCUGCCCACACACUGACCCACUACAAGUCAGCUGCCAAUGCUUAGGUGCUCUUUAUGCUGUAAUGUGAAAGCAAAUAUUUCUUCUUGUUGUAUGGGGACUGUGGGUAGAUAGGGGAACAAUGACAGUCAAUUCAGGCUAACUUGGGUGUGAAAAAAAUAA